CCAGACUGCUCAGUUCAAUAGAGACUAGACUCCGUAAACCAAACAUUCACCACAAUUUAUCAACAUUACAAGAUAGACCAUUUUAUUUCAUAUACUACAAAAUGUCUCUCAAGAGCUUUAUCGGGGUUUCUACGCUUCUAGGUGCGACUCUUGCCAGAGACGUUCCGUCAAAUGUUCGGAACUUCUACAACAAUAUCCAAAACAGUGGCCAAUGCAGCUAUCCUCUCGCUACGGGGUUCUACAGCGAAUACAAUGACGAUAAUUCCUUCAGCUACUGCGGGGACCAUCUGGAAGACUCGAAGGUCAUCUACAUCCAAGGUAGCAACAGCCAGUUCGCCAACAUGGAUAUCGACUGCGACGGGACUCAGGGCGGCCCCGCUGACGAUGGCCGUUGCGGAAAUUCCGACGAUACUCAGUCAAUUACAUCUUUCGCCGACACCGUAAGAGGAUACGGCAAGGGUGUUCGGGACUUGGACGCCAAGAUCCACCCCUACGUCGUUUUCGGAAAUGUGGGUGACAAGCCCGGCUUCACAUCAUUCGACCCUCAAGAGCACGGCAUUAAACCAUUGAGCGUCAUGGCCGUCGUAUGUGGUGAUAAGCUGAUCUACGGAGUCUGGGGUGACGAGAACGGCGCCGACGGCGAGAAGUCCGUCGUUGGAGAGGCUUCGAUUUCUUUGGCUACCGCUUGCUUCGGGGAAGGGAUGACUGGAAACAAUGGACACGAUGAGAACGACGUGUUGUACAUUGCUUUCACGGGUGACGAUGCUGUUCCUGGCAAGAACGGAGCUAAGUGGGAUGCACAAAACUACGAGGAAUUCGAGAAGAGCAUUCAAGGCCUAGGUGAUAAGCUCAUUCAGCGUAUCCAGGCUUAAACGGGAGUAUUGCGCGGUAGGGGUAAAGCUUACACCAGGGCUGUAUAAAGUCGAUGUGAUGUAGAUAAUUGGUUUAGGUUCAUACUUGUUUAAAUAGGUGGAAUUUCAUUUUUGAGCUGGACAUGGAAUCACACAAGCGCGAAGGGUUGGAUAAGUGGAGGGAUAUUCAGCAGAAGUCAUAGAUUGAGCGUGUAUAGAAUGCUUUUCCGGUAUAUUAUCU